UUUCCCUCCUGUUCGAGGCGCACGUACGUCUACCUCCCUUCUCCUCCUCUGCCUCUCGUCUGUACGCUCUUCUCUCUCUAGAAAUGGUCUGCUUGCUCUGAAAGAAGUAGUUCAGAUACUCACAACCUAGCCUUUUUUCAUGCACUUACCAAGAGAUAUUUUUCUUUUUUAAAAUCCAAAAGCUUCCGCUUAUCACUUGCUGUUUCUACGUUUCUUCCAUAUCGUUAAGAAAAGGCUCCUUAGCUCCAUAUACUCCAACUUCGCGGAAAAUAGCGCAAAUCUUGAUCUUUUCUGAAAAGAUUUGCGGCCUUUUCUAAAGAUCUUUUAUUGGAAGUUGAUAGUACUAAAUAAAUCUUAGUGGUAAAUGGCUUCAGUGGAUGCUGACUCUCCAUGGUUGUCCUCGACUGGUGAAUCGUUCUGUGGAUCUUUUAAUAUAAACCUAGAGGAUGAUAAUCCUGGCGAUAUUUUUACCGUGCAGGAAGUUCCCUCCUCUUCUGUAAUAUCUAAGUGUAAUCUUCCUAAACCACCACCUUUCCCUGGUAAAUCCUUUUGUACAGUAAAAAAUUCCAGUAGGCUUUCAGAUUGUAGCUCUGUCCCGAAAGAAACAAGAGAUACAUGGGAAAAGCUUUUUAAGGAAGGAUAUGGUUCAGAUGUAUAUGUUAUCACCGCAGACAAAUCAUAUAUUUUGGCUCAUUCCAGUGUUCUGAGUGUUGCAUCUCCAGUGCUGGGGAAUAUUCUGCAGCAAGCAAAAGUUAGGAAUGGUAUGAGAUACAUCAAGAUUUCCGGGGUGCCUUAUCAAGCUGCCUACGCUUUCAUUCGUUUUCUUUACUCAUCCUGCUACGAAGAGGAAGAAAUGAAGCGCUAUGUUCUCCACUUGAUGGUUUUGUCUCACUGCUACUCAGUUCCAUCGCUGAAAAGAGUUUGCAUAUAUAUUCUGGAGCGGGGCUGGCUGACCAAAGAAAACGUAAUAGAUGUACUUCAAUUAGCAAGAAACUGUGAUGCACCACGGCUCACUUUCAUUUGUGUCCGUAUAAUUAUCAGAAACUUCAAAACUAUACCUUUAACUGAAGGUUGGAGAGUAAUGAAACGUGUUAAUCCUGCACUUGAACAAGAGCUUCUGGAGUGUGUUGUUGAGGCGGAUGCUAGAAAAGAAGAGCGGUGGAAGAAAAUUGAAGAGAAAAAGGUGUACCUGCAAUUGCAGGAGGCAAUGGAAGCCCUCGUUCACAUAUGCAGGGAUGGGUGUAGAACAAUAGGGCCUCGUGACAAAGUACUUAAAGGAAGCCAGGUUGUUUGUGGUUUCCCAGCUUGCAAAGGGCUUGAGACUUUAGUCCGUCAUUUCUCUAGUUGUAAGACCCGGGUUCCUGGUGGCUGCGUUCACUGCAAACGCAUGUGGCAGCUGCUUGAAUUGCAUUCUCGGAUAUGCAGUGAGCCUGAUUCUUGCAAGGUCCCUCUUUGUAGGCAUUUCAAGGAAAAGAUGCAGCAGCAGACCAAGAAAGACGAGGGUAGGUGGAAACUGUUGGUCAGGAAAGUGAUAGCAGCAAAGAAUUCGCUAGGGCCAUUCUCAAGUCAGCGCACAGGUAUAUUGGUAGGAAUGUAAGGGUGUUAAUAAAGUACCUCGGUUUUAUUGGAGGAAAAUAAUUAACGUGAGCCCAGGCUCCUGCCUUUUGUAGCAAUUGAUGAGAAUCUGAACCAUUGAUGAACGGACAUAUGAAAUCUUGUGAUGGCAUCACAAAUGUCCAAUUCGGUUUUGUACCUGUUUGAUGAUGUUAAAUUUUAUGUAAUGUCUGAUUUGGCAA